GCUGCGCUCUGUUCAUCCCGGAUCCUUCCGGUUUGGUGCCUUCUUGCGCCCACGGAGAUUCUUGCUUCCUCUGCUGCUGCCGCUGCUGUUCAUGCAUGGCCUCUUCUUCUUCUUCUUGAUAGCUUCUUCAGCCCCCCGGUUUUGUGCCUGUGGUGGAAUCUGCAUUUGGGGCGUCGGUGGUUCGGUUAGGUGCUUAACUACAUCCACCCCGGCGAGCAUCGGACGCAGCAUCUGAGGUGGUUGCCUUGCCGCCCUUCCAAGCCCAGCCAAGCUCUCGGCUGCUCCGGCCUCUGACUUUCUUGGGAGGAGGAGGAGGAGGUGCGGCGGCGCGGCAGGAUGAUGAGCUUCAGGAGCCACGAGGGGUUCGGGCAGGUCCCCGCCGGCGCCAUCUCCAACGGAGGGGCUUCGCUGCCGUGGUGGGCCCCGGCGCCGCAGCUGCUGCUGUACGGCGAGGCGCUGGGCCAGGGGAAGGUGGCGCCGGAGGCGACGGCGACGGCGGCGUGCCGGGAGGCGCGGUUCCAGGUCGUGCCGGGAGCGCAGGCGCUGCUGGAUCCUCCGGUGCCGCCGGCGCCGAAGGCUUCCGCCGCAGAGAGGGGCAGCCUCCCUGAAGUCCUCAAGUUCUCCGUGGCGCAAGGUAAAGGGGAGAAAGGUGCAGAGUACUCUGCCACUGUUGCUUUGCCAUCACCGUUCGCAAUCUACAAUGGUCGUUUUGAGCUGGGCCUUGGUCAAUCAAUGGUUUCUGCUAAUAAUCCUUAUGCUGACCAACACUAUGGCCUGCUUUCUCCUUAUCCAGUGGGAGCAACGAAUGGAGGAUGCACGCGUAUACCACUGAAUAUGCCAACAGAAGCACCAAUUUAUGUGAAUGCUAAGCAAUAUGAAGGCAUCAUUCGUCGACGCCGUGCCCGUGCCAAAGCAGAGAGGGAAAAUAGGCUGGUGAAAGCCAGAAAGCCAUAUCUCCACGAGUCACGCCAUCUGCAUGCACUGCGUCGUGCAAGGGGCUCUGGUGGACGUUUCCUGAACACAAAGAAAGAGUCCAAUGGGAAGGAUGCUGGUGGCGACGGCAAGGCAAUGAUCAGCAAGCCGCUUAUGCGCCAGGUGGCAUCUCCAAGUUCAGAGAUCCAGCAGUCAGACCUGGGCAACCCGAGCAGCGUCUCCAGUCUGUCGGGCUCGGAGGUGUCAAGCAUAUACGAUCAUGAAGAUGUGGAUCACUACCACAGCUUUGAUCACCUCCGCACUCCGUUUUUCACCCCGCUCCCGAGCAUCAUGGACGGUGAGCAUGGCGGUAACCCCUUCAAGUGGCCAACAGCUUCUGAGGGCUGUUGUGACCUCCUCAGAGCAUGACUAGAGGGGUUACCGGACAGCCGAAUGCUAGGAACUGGCGACAACCGGCAGAAGCUGCCGGGCGUUAUCAGCUCCGGGUCAGGGAUCGUCCCUCCCAUCAUUUGGCUGUCGGUAGGCAAUUCAUUCUUGGCUGAAGGCAUGGUGAUUGUUUCCACUCGUCGCCUAAUUCUCCUAGAAACUCAAUUUCUGGGAUCUUGUGGUGAGUGGAACACCCCUUGCCCCCCGAAAAAAAUUUGUUGGUGGUACUAGCUACCAACACCAAACUCCUCUAGCAGGUUUCGAUGUAGUUUUCUGAAUAAAGCCUGAAACUUCGGACUCGUCUGAAGCUUCAGAGGUACUGGAAGUGGACUAGUGGAGUAUGUUUGGAAUCUGAUUGAGUGUGAAGACUAUGGAUUUGUGUGUGAUUGUAUUGUGGUGCGCUUGAAGCUUUGUGUGGACCUUGUAACAUGCGGUGUGUUGAAAGCUUGAACUUGGUAAUGUAAUAAUGUGUUGACUACUGAGACUUUGGGCUUGGUUUGUAUUUUGCUGUGUUGCACUGCAUGUCUCUUGCAAAGCAGGGGCAAAGAAUGGAUGCUGCUUGAAGCUAUAUGCUUGGA